UGAUGAAUCAAAAGGUGACCAGAGGGAAAAUAUAUAUAUAUAGACAGAAAAAAGAAAAGAAGCAAAACGAGCAAGCAUUUUUUGAAAUAAAUAAAUAAAUAUAUGAAUUAAGUUAACGAUCAUAAUAAUAUAGACAUAUUAACACCAGGCUUUAUCAGUUGGAAAUUCAUUGUAUGUGACGUGUAAGAUCAGUCAUUGUCCAUUGUUGACAUUUUAAGCGAUUGAUUGAUUUAGCAAAAAAAAAGAAUAAUAAUCGAUGAUGAAAGUACUAGGUCACACUUUGUGUGCUAACUCCUAAUGAAUUGAGCUUCUGUGGAAGUUCAGCUGUUUUUCUUAUUUCCUGGAUCCCCACCCAUCCCUGGCAGGACCCCCUGGCGGUCCCCGGACCCCGGCUUUGGAACCGUCCCACUCUGCGGGCUCCAUGCGACCAUUGUCCCCCGAGAGAGCGGGCUAUUUGCAAAAUAAAGGCAGCCUCCAGCCGCGGCCCCGGCCUCCCCUGUGUGGGCUGGUACAUGUACAUGUGAGCAGCAGGCAGGGGGAUUCUGACGCGACGAGGUGGAUUGUCAGCGGUAGUCCUCUCCGCUCCGCUCCUCGCCUCCUCCCCCAGACAGACUCGGCUCCUCGGCGGUCGGAUGCUGGAAGUCCUCGCCGAUCCGCGCGCACGCAGGGCUCGCAGAGACAGGGGACGGGACGCGGAAGGGAGGACAGGGGCAGCGCUUUCAUACCAAAUCGGGACGCACAUGUUGCGCUAACGGCCCCGCUCCUCCACCUCCUCUCCCCCGCUGCUCCUCCACCUCCUCUCCGCCUCUCCUCCACCUCCUCUCCGCCUCUCCACCACCUCCUCUCCCCCGCUCCUCCACCUCCUCUCCGCCUCUCCUCCACCUCCUCUCCGCCGCUCCUCCACCUCCUCUCCCCCGCUCCUCCGCCACUUCUCCUCCCGACAUGCGCUGUUCGUCGCCUCGGUCGCUCUCCCGUUACUGAUCACUCCGCGUUUUGGAUUCAGCCCCGCGGAUCUGCUCCCUCCGGCCCCCGAGGAUCCGCACGAACCGACAAUGGAUCUCAGUAAAAUUGCUGUCAGCAUCAAUAAGGCCAUCAACACACAGGAGGUCGCUGUCAAAGAGAAGCAUGCCAGGACCUGCAUCCUGGGGACCCAUCAUGAGAAAGGCGCCCACACUUUCUGGGCGGCGGUCAACCGGCUUCCUCUCUCCAGCAAUGCGGUGCUCUGCUGGAAGUUCUGCCACGUCUUCCACAAGCUGCUGCGAGACGGACAUCCAAACGUGAUAAAGGACUCCAUGAGGAACAAGGCAGAUUUAACUGAUAUGAGCAGGAUGUGGGGUCACCUGAGUGAAGGCUAUGGGAAGCUGUGCAGCAUCUACCUCAAACUGCUCAUCACCAAAAUGGAGUUUCACAUCAAAAACCCUCGUUUCCCUGGCAACCUGCAGAUGUCAAACAGACAGCUCGACGAGGCGGGAGAGAACGACGUGAACAACUUCUUCCAGUUGACCGUAGAAAUGUUUGACUACCUGGAGUGUGAGCUCAACCUCUUCCUCGGUGUAUUCAGCUCCCUAGACAUGUCUCGGUCGGUGUCUGUGACGGCAGCGGGUCAGUGUCGUCUGGCUCCCCUCAUCCAAGUCAUCCUGGACAGCAGCCACCUGUACGACUACACCGUAAAGCUGCUGUUCAAGCUGCACUCCUGCCUUCCAGCAGACACUCUCCAGGGCCACAGAGAUCGCUUCCAGGAACAGUUCAAAAAGUUAAAGAGUCUGUUCUAUCGCUCCAGUAACUUGCAGUAUUUCAAGAGGCUGAUUCAGAUCCCACAGUUGCCCGAGAACCCUCCUAACUUCCUGCGUGCGUCAGCUCUGUCGGAGCACAUCAGCCCCGUGGUCGUGAUCCCCGCCGAGUCGUCAUCUCCAGAGUCAGAGCACAUGGUGGAGACCGAUGACCUGGUGGACACAGACAUUCCCUCGCUGCCGGCUGCUGUGGAGACCAAGUUUGACGACUUGUUCGGCACCUCGGCUGCGAUAGACCCGUUCAACUUCAACAGUCAGAACGGCAUGCGCAAAGAGGACAAAGACCGUCUGAUUGAACAGUUGACGAGGGAGAUCCAGGCCCUCAAAGAAGAGCUUGAGUCGUUCAGACUAGAGAGCGGUCGGUUGUGUCAGGUGCUGAGGGGGCGUGUCAGUGAGCUGGAGGCGGAGCUCGCCGAGCAGAGCCACCUGAGGCUGCAGGCUCUGGGGGAGAGUGAGUUCCUCAAGGCGGAGCUGGACGACCUGAGGAGGGUCAGGGAGGACACGGAAAAGGAGCAGCGGAGCCUGACCGAGAUCGAGAAAAAAGCUCAGGCCAACGAGCAGCGCUACACCAAGCUGAAGGAGAAGUACACAGAGUUGGUUCAGAGUCACGCAGACCUGUUGAGGAAGAAUGCAGAGGUGACCCGUCAGGUGACGGUGGCCCAGGCAGCCCAGGAUGAAGUGGAGGACGUGAGGCGAGAGAUGCAAGAGAAGGUGAAAGCAGCCCAUGAGGCUGCGGACAGACAGGAGAGGGAACAGAUGGAGCAGUUCCAGCAGCUCCAGAGAGAGCUGGUGUCCAGCCGGGCGGAGCUGGACUCCCUGAAGACCAGCGUGGCCUCGUCACAACAGGCUUCGAGCGAGGUGCUCAGCACUCAGCUGGCCGCCCUGCAGUCUGAGAAGGCAGAGCUGGUGCAGUCCUUGUCGAAGGUGGAUGCGGAGCUGGCCGCCCAGGGAGAGGAGCUAGAGCGAGUCCAAAGCUCACUGGCGACUGAGAGGGAGAGCGGGGUGAAGACGGCGGAGGCCCUGCAGAAUCAGCUCAACGAGAAGGAGAGCAGGGAGCAGGCGUUGGAGAGUCAGCUGGUGGCGGCUCGCUGGUCCAGUCUGCAGGGAGCUGUGGAGGAGGCAGAGAAGAUCAUCCAGGAUUCGCUGGCUCGGAUAGAUGACCCGGCACACAUCAGCUGCACCAGCUCCGCAGAUUACCUAGCAUCCAGAUGUCAGGCCUCUUUAGACUGUAUUGACCGACUCCAUUCGGCCGGCGAUGCCUUCAUAGCUGACAACACAGCAGGGACAGCUGGCCCAUCAGGCGAUAGGCAGGGAGCAGGGGAUGCAUGUAGAAAGAGGAGAGGUGUGUCUGAGCUGCUACGAGUGGUGACCCAGUGUGGUCACCUGGUGGGAGACACCAUCGUUCAGGGUAGUGCCACCUCCCACAUGGUGCCUGUGGAGCAAGCUGACGCCCUGUCGGAGAGCGUGAAGACGUGUGGGGCCGAGGCUCUGGCUCUGCUGGGACGGAUGAAGCAGCAGGACGGACUGGCUGCGGCCGACGACGGCAAACUGAAGGCAGUGCUGGAGGCCAUUCUGGCCACUGCCGAGAAGCUGCGUCCUCGGGGUUUGGAGCUACAGCAGGGGGAGCUGGGAGAUCUUGUGGAGCAGGAAAUGGCUGCCACUUCUGCUGCGGUGGAGUCAGCUGCCGCCAGGAUAGAGGAAAUGCUCAACAAGUCUCGAGCAGUUGAUACAGGAAUCAAGAUGGAGGUCAACGAGAGGAUCUUGGCCUCGUGCACGGAGCUGAUGCGGGCGAUCAAGGAGCUGGUUCUGUCUUCCAAACACCUGCAGAGGGACAUCGUGGAGAGCGGCAGGGGGGCAGCCUCCAUGAAGGAAUUUUAUGCCAAGAACUCCCGCUGGACCGAGGGGCUGAUCUCUGCCUCCAAAGCAGUGGGAUGGGGCGCCACGGUCAUGGUGGAUGCUGCUGAUCUGGUGGUGCAGGGCAAAGGGAAGUUUGAGGAGUUGAUGGUGUGUUCACAUGAAAUAGCUGCCAGCACUGCACAGCUAGUAGCUGCCUCUAAGGUCAAAGCAGACAAAGACAGCGGCAACCUGCACCGUCUGCAGCAGGCGUCCCGCGGCGUCACACAGGCCACCGCCGCUGUCGUGGCCUCCACCAAGUCUGGGAAGUCCCAGAUUGAAGAGAAAGACACAAUGGACUUCUCCAGCAUGACUCUCACACAGAUCAAACGACAAGAGAUGGAUGCACAGGUCCUGGUUCUGGAGCUGGAGACUCGCCUGCAGAAGGAGCGCGAGCGUCUCGGCGAACUGAGGAAGAAGCAUUACUUGCUGGCCGGGGUAGCAGAGGGCUGGGGCGACAAUGAGGAGGGCACAGGUUGAGACCGGUCCCCUCUACCCACUCUCGCCCCCUUUCGCCACCAUAAGACCGGCUUCUGUCUGCCUCUUUUUAUUUAUACACACACUUUUCAGUCGCGUUGUCCCUUGUUUUCUUCCUCUUUUCUCUUUUUUAUUUGUUUGUUAUCUAAGCCAAAUGAAAGGGUGCUUCUUUUCUAAACCUGCUUGUCCACCCAUGUCCAUUAAGCUUCCUUGAAGGACAGCACCAGGGGCUCAACAGAGGGGGGGUUGUCGGAUGUAGUAAGGAGUGGGUGGGCGGGGGGGGGGGUACAGUGCAGCCCGACUUCACAGCCUCAUGUUCCCCCUGCCUAUCGCCCAGGACUGUGUCGGUGAAAAGCGGCGGUGAAGUUGAUCCGUUCGGCCGAGUAUUUAUUGUCUUCUUCUUCUGCUUCUCUUUCGUCUUCCUCCUUGGUUUCUGAUAAACGAGGAGUCGCAGCAGAGAGGAUACGAGCACAAGGAUACACUGCACAAAGGGGCGAGCUCUCAGCAGAAAGAGGGCCGAGCCCAGCCCUCCGAAGUCAUGUCUCUGUGUGACGCAGGUGGCGUGCAUGCUCCGCUGCUGAAACUGGUGUUCUUGGUCUACGUUGCGAGCUCGUGGCGCUGUGGGAGCCUGCGCUGCCCUCUCCAUCCGUCGGUGCAGUUUGACGUUCUCCUCCUCCCUAGUUUCUGCCCGUUCGUUUCUCACUGUGAGUUAUCACCGCGUCAAGUCCGUACCGCUUCACGAGAUGGUUCACUGGACUUUCUGCCUUUCACCUCUUCACCGUUGUGACGACCAUGACUGUUAACAUGAAGCGAACCUCCUUUUUUCUUUUUCACCAUAUGAUUUUAACAGAUGCUCGCCUGGAAACAGGAACAGGGCAGUGUUGCUAAAACCCUAAUGACAUGGGGUCAUUUUUGUCGUUUCCUCUUUUAAAGUUAGUAAAGGAGGGUAGUGGGAGGAAACUCUCUCUUUUAAAAUACAGGGAAAAAAAGUCACAACACUUUGAGGUCUGCGACUUUUCCCGGUUGUUCGCAACAACAGUUCAAAUCUGCCAACAAACCCCAGAGUUGAUCAAAUAAGUUGGCAACCCCUUCUUGGUGCAUAUUUUCAGUCGAGCAGCACCGCGACAAGCCUUUCACGGAAGCAGCAGCAGCAGCUUCGGAGGCAUAACUGGGACCCUGGCACACAGUGAACUGGUAACAUUGUCGUCUUCUGACAGAUGGCACGUAUCCGUUCCUCCUGGAGACGUAAUGACCCUGCCAGCAGGACGACUGUGCUCCUGGUGAGGAUGGUAAUCCAGUUAGGGUACCGCAGGAGACACGACUGCCGGGGGCAAUUACAAAUCCUUAAAUUGUUUGACAUCUUCGAAUCAAGGUUGAAUGUUCGAUUAUAAGCGUUCGAGGCCAUCCCACUGCACAAACCUUUGUUCAUGAAAUGUUAAACAUUUACAUGCCUCCUCAAAUACCCUGCAGGAUUGAUGGUCGACUGCAGUUUUAUAAAUCCUUCACUAACGGUGGGCACUGCCAGCACCACAGUGGAGCCCGACGUAUGCAGUGCACAGACUGCAGUGUUUCCAAUAGCUUCCUCAAGACCAAGUAGCUGUGUGUAUGAACUCAAAGCCUUUAACUGUUGGAAAUAACAUUUUGUUUUUCGUGUCAUGGCAUCAAUUUUUGCAUCGCUCCGAGUUAAGGAUUCAGUUUAAUUGAAUUAGGGAUACAAAAUGGUGCCCACCAUUGCCACACAUGACUAAUAUAAGUCUUUAUUUCUUCUGUACGAGGUUGUUAUCUAACAGAAUUUCCUGCUGAGACUGAUGAACUGACUUUCGUGUUGUUUCCAGUGGACUAUGAGAAGACUGACUUGUAUGCCUUUGUGUAUAAAAACCACAAGAUGAGAAGGCGUCCAUUUUGAACCCAACACCUGAUCUCCUCCUUUCUGUUUGAUGAUGAUGGUGAUGAUUUUCUUGGAGUUUGUCUUUCCCUGUCUUAACAUACUUAGUUUUGACGCUCCGCCUCAGCCGUGUAGCUCUGGAAAGUUGUGACACUGGGUAUUUAACAGACACUGGUCAAAUAGUAUUUGCCAAUAAUUCUUAAAAACCAAAAAGGAAAAAGGUUUAACACACUUGGAACAGCAGAUGGUUAAAUCACCAAAAAAUGAUUAUGGAACACAAAUAUUUGUUCCCAUUCGACAGCACCCAUCUGCUGCACCAACUAGGUUAAAGCAAAGGGCAAGUAUUGGUUGCGGUACUGUUGGCUACAAGUCUUUGUACUUAACAAUUCAUUUAGCAGAGUUCUGUUACUUCUCCCACACAUGAGCUAAACAAUCGCUGAUUUCAUUAGGAAAAAUUGGAAUAUAAAAACAAAAAUAAACCAUAGAAGGAGGAUUCAUACACUUUUGAUGUUAUCCCAAGUGUCUUGAAUGAUGAAAGCACCUUGAGUGAUGUUAAGCUGUGUUUUUUUCUUCCCCCCCAGAUAUUCUUUAUUAACCUCCCUCGCUCUUUGUGUCUUCUCUCUCUCGGGUCUGUGUCUGUAGUGCUACCAGCUCAGCCAGCCUUUCAAACUGCCUCACACUGUAGUCAAAGAGAAACAAAUACUCCCAUAGCAACAGUGAAAUAUGUCUUUGUAUGAUAUACUAAAACUUUGUUGGUGGGUUUGUUUUUAUUUUUUCAGUUUUUAAAAUAAAUAUUUCAACUCGUUAAUACGGA